GUGUGAUAUGGCAUUCAGAGCUAGGUGCCGAGUUUGUGACUGAAACAGAAGCGGGCAGUGAGACUAGUGCUGCUGUAAGUGUAACCUCAAAGACAGCUAGGGAAAGAUCCGGUGGGGAGCUACGGCUGCACACCACGUAAAAUCAUGGGCCACAGUGUUGGACUGGGAUCAUAAAGGCUUUGUAAACACACAAUUGCUAACACUGCAGCAAGUGACAUGGCCACAGCUUCCCCAAGAUGUGACAGCAGUAAUAACCACAAUGGGAGAUCACAGCUGUAUGCAACUGUUUCCUGUGCCAAAUUUAAAAGGAAAAAGAACUGGUUUGGAACUGCGAUCUAUGUUGAAGUAGCAGCUGACGGAGAAGCCAAGAAAACUGCAAAAUCCAGCAGUUCUUCUCAUCCAAAGUGGGAAGAACGUCUUACAGUGAAUGUAACGCCACACACCGUAUUGGAGUUCAAAGUAUGGAGCCAUCACACUUUAAAAGCAGAUGCUUUACUAGGAAAAGCCACUCUAGAUAUAAGCCAGGCCCUGGAAUUGCACAAUAGAAAAUUGGAGAAUGUAAAAGAAGUAUUAAAACUCACUUUAGAAAACAAGAACGGGAUUGUACAAACAGGGGAGUUGACUGUUGUACUUGAUGGCUUGACUGUUGAUCAGGAAUCACUACCUAAUGGCACUGCACCAGCAACCAUAAUAAUGUUCUGUUCCCUAGAAGUUCAGCAGAAUGGUGAUGCUAUUCAUGAAAACAGAGGUGAAUCUUCUACAGGGGCUAGAACAAGAUCCACUAGCGGUGCUUCCAACGGAAUCGAGUGUCAAGCAGCAUCCACAUCUUCAGGGCAGAGUGAGUCGAGUACUCCUCUUGUAAAUGGGGACGGCACACCAUCUCCCUCUCAUGUCGCUGCCAGACCUAAUGCAACACUGUCUCCAAAACCACCCAAUAACCAUAGUACUGAUGAUCCCACCAGUGACCCUCAAUUGAAGGACCACUUAGAGGAACCCCUCACUCUCAAGGAAAUAGCACAGGCUGCCACAGCAUUGCAUCGUGUAAACGGAGAGCCCUCACCCUUGACAUCUACCACAGAAGCUGUUGAGUCCACCAGUGGUGCUUCUACAGAGUCUCCUGAAACUGCCAUCCCCGGUCUUUCCACAAGUACUGCUGCAAUGUCUGUAUCCACUGUGCCAACUGCAAGUGUGUCAGAAGGCUCCCCGGCUGUGGCAAGCAGUAGUGCUUCCCCUUCAAGUACAACAACUACAACCAGUGGAGUGGCAUCAUCCACAGAUUCCACGGUCAGCACAGCAGUGGAUGGGGCAAAACCCAGACAGCAGCAGCAGCAGCCGCCUAACAACUCCAGCACUGAGCCGCUGCCGUCUGGGUGGGAGCAGAGGAAAGAUCUGCAUGGUAGGACCUAUUAUGUUGAUCACAACACCAGGACAACCACGUGGGAGAGACCGCAGCCAUUACCACCAGGCUGGGAAAGACGCGUUGAUGAUCGAGGCAGGAUUUACUAUGUGGAUCACAACACCAGAACGACCACUUGGCAACGACCCACAAUGGAGUCUGUGAGGAAUUUUGAACAAUGGCAAUCGCAGCGCAGUCAGCUACAGGGAGCUAUGCAGCAGUUUAACCAGCGAUACCUCUAUUCGGCUUCAAUGUUGUCAGCAGAAAAUGACCCACUUGGACCUUUGCCACCUGGAUGGGAAAGACGAGUAGAUUCCAACGACAGAGUAUACUUUGUGAACCACAACACAAAAACCACACAGUGGGAAGAUCCACGUACACAAGGCUUACAAAAUGAAGAUCCCCUUCCUGAAGGCUGGGAAAUCAGAUACACAAGAGAGGGUGUCCGAUACUUUGUGGAUCACAACACAAGAACCACGACUUUCAGUGAUCCGCGCACUGGCAAGUCAACAGUUACAAAAGGCCCACAGAUUGCAUAUGAGCGUAGCUUUAGAUGGAAGCUAGCUCAUUUCCGGUAUCUAUGCCAGUCGAAUGCACUUCCCAGCCAUGUCAAGAUCACUGUAUCCCGACAGACAUUGUUUGAGGAUUCUUUCCAGCAAAUCAUGGCUUUAAAACCAUAUGACCUGCGGAGAAGACUGUAUGUAAUAUUCCGAGGAGAGGAAGGGUUAGACUAUGGUGGGCUAGCAAGAGAAUGGUUCUUUCUGCUUUCCCACGAAGUGUUAAACCCCAUGUACUGUCUAUUUGAGUAUGCUGGCAAAAGCAACUACUGUCUGCAGAUCAAUCCAGCCUCCACCAUCAACCCAGAUCACCUCUCCUAUUUCUGUUUCAUUGGGCGCUUCAUUGCUAUGGCUCUCUUUCAUGGCAAAUUUAUAGACACUGGGUUUUCACUACCAUUCUAUAAGCGCAUGUUAAACAAGAAGCUUACAAUCAAGGAUUUGGAGUCUAUUGAUCCAGAAUUCUACAACUCCCUAAUCUGGAUAAGGGAUAACAACAUUGAAGAGUGUGGUUUGGAAAUGUACUUUUCAGUCGACAUGGAAAUUCUAGGAAAAGUUACCUCACAUGAUUUGAAGCUGGAUGGUACUAACCUGUUAGUAACUGAAGAAAACAAGGAAGAAUACAUAGGCCUGAUGGCAGAAUGGAGGUUUUCUCGGGGAGUGGGAGAACAAACCAAAGCUUUUCUUGAUGGCUUUAAUGAAGUUGUUCCUCUUCAAUGGCUCCAGUACUUUGAUGAAAAGGAGCUGGAGGUUAUGCUGUGUGGCAUGCAGGAAGUUGACCUCCAGGACUGGCAAAGGAACACAGUGUACCGCCAUUACACAAGAAACAGCAAGCAGAUUAUUUGGUUCUGGCAGUUUGUGAAAGAGAUGGACAAUGAGGUCCGUCUCCGGUUAAUGCAGUUUGUUACCGGAACGUGCAGAUUACCACUUGGAGGCUUUGCUGAGCUGAUGGGGAGCAAUGGUCCUCAAAAAUUUUGCAUUGAAAAGGUUGGUAAAGAAACAUGGCUACCAAGAAGUCAUACAUGUUUUAACCGAUUGGAUCUGCCACCAUACAAAAGCUAUGAACAGCUGAAAGAAAAACUCUUGUUUGCCAUUGAAGAAACUGAGGGAUUCGGACAGGAAUAAAUGGAGCACUUUGCCUUGUCUACAAAAAUGGAUCUCAUAAGAGCAAAACUUCUCUCCUAAUAUAACCAGCCAAGUAAAAAUUGCACAGAUACCUAUUGGUGUACAUAAGCUAUUUCUUGUUUAAAAGCAUUUGGUUUCUGAAACUACAGAGCAAAUGCAGUACAUUCUUCCACAUAAAUAUGCAAUAGAGGGAGACGUAUUACCUUUGGCUGGUUUUGGAAGCAGAGAAAUGUUUUUUAGAUUAAAUACAUAAAGCUCUAGUUUUAUAGAGCUUCAUAAAGACAUAUGGUAGGCAAUUUGAUAGGCCAAGCCUAAGUUGUUGCCCUUGAUGCACACUUCUAGAAAACUGUGGGUGCUCCCCGUUUCCACUGAUGCAACGUCACCUCAAACCGAGGUUAUUUCUUGCAUGUCUUUAAACUAUUUAAGGCUAAAGCCAAACUGUGUCUUUUGAGUAUCUAAAAAAAAUAUAUGCUGCUGGCUUUUCUGAGACGAGAAUGAGCAAACCCCUUGACAAGAAAAUGUUUGAAGUUUUCACAAGUAGUUGCAGUUAUCAGUCAUUCCUUGUUACAUCAAACAACCACAGUAACAGGGUAAUCGUCUAACUGCAGUAUACAAUAGUAGUGAUGUUGUGGAAUGAAUUCCAGGCACCUUACACCAAAGCCACUAAACCCACAAAAAGCUUGGGCAAGUAUCAGUGGUUUUUGCCAGCUCAGAAUGGACUUCUGUUUGAAAGAAGACAUUGUUACAAGAGCUAAACUGAGGGGGCAAUACUGCUCAACUUAACAGUUCCAGUGUAGGACCAUCUGAUUUGCAACUUGGGAUGUUUGCAGAUGUUCAUGGCCUCCACUAUCUGUCUGUUUAUCCACUUCUUAAACAGCUGAUUGUAUUCACUCAUGAGACACCGGACAAAAAGAGUUCCAUGAUUUAAAAGAUCGCAAGGGCAAAACAUGUAUUUACAGCAAAGUGUUUCAACUGCUUAUUAAAACUGCGAUUCUAAAACAGUUGAAUACUAAUGUAACCAUUUUAAUUGUUGUGUACAGAUGAACUACUAAUGAAGUUCAGUUGGUAAAAAAGCCUGUGGAGGUCGAUUUAAUGACAUCAUUUUAAACCUUUAUUGAAGUCAUUGCCAUGUUUAAAAUGCUCUUCCCCAUUCUGGCUGCUGCAUUAGCACUUAUCUUGGUCCUCUUCCACCAGUGUGAGGCUGGCUGAUAUGUCAUUGCUGGAGCUUAACAUUGUGAUGCAAGAAAUAGUGGUUAAAUCGAUUAGUUAAGCGCUUGAGGUUCUGAUUUCUACCAAUAAACUGCAAACAAAAGGACAAAUGUGAACAACUUCUCACUGUGUGCUCUAUCCAACUAUUACCUCUUUGUGGCUUUUCUUUUUUUUUUCUUUAGUGAGUCUACCGGGAAUUCAAAGCCCAAUUUGAGUAACUAGUAAUAUGCUUUGCACAUUAUAUGGAAUAGUGUGUAAUUACUAUUUGUAUGACAAUAUUUAGCUGCAUCAUGGUAAUUACAUUGAUUUUCAUUUCAUUUCUGAAUCUGCUUUAUACUUGUAGAUACUCCCCAAGUUUGUUCUUUAUAACAUGCAAGUGUUCUAUAUGUAAUUUCAAAUAUAUGUACAAAAAAUAAAUACAUAUUUGUAAUUUACACUAGUGUUGACGGGAUUUACAGUACUUCUAAAACAGUAAUGUGAAUCAAAUUGCAAAUACUACUUUUAGAAAAUUGUUCUUCCUCACAAAUAGCAUAUUUUAAUUGUAAAAUGUACUGUUUAUAGCAAUUGAAUAUACAGUGUAUAAUUCCAUUACAUUUUAUUAAGUUUUCUAAACCCAUGGCAUUGAUCUUUUUGGAGUUGUUAUAUUUUAUUCCCAUAAUUGAUAAAUACUUUAACAUAUCAAGUGUAGUCAACACUGUUUAAUAUAUAUAUAUAUAUAUAUAUAUAUAUAUAUAUAUAUAUAUAUAUAUAUAUAUAUAUAUAUAUAUAUAUAUAUACACACACAUAAAAUACACAAAUGUACAGAAAAUGUGAUUGUUUUUACCUGAUUUCUCAUCUUAAUAAUUGGGUUGUCACUAAUUCUUCCACUUGCAGUAAAAUGUAGUUUUGGGUUACAAAUUCUACCUUUUGCUUAGGAUUUUUUUUCUCCCUCCGGUUACAACUUGCCUGUGGAGUUACUAUUCAAUAAAUGUACCUGACCAUCUUUUGAACUUUGUUUUUCAUAUGACCUUGAUGCAAGUGAUUACUACUUUUGAAAUGCUGAGAUUGCUGCAAGUUCCAAUUUCACCAGCUCUGCUUUUUUUUUUUUUUU